UGAAUGCAAGCAAGCCAUUGUUCGCUAAAAGUUAUAGAAAUAAUCAAAACAGCAGUUUACGACUGCUUUGAACCGCAACUUGUCUCUGUCGCUCAGCUCUGCAAUAUAUUUAUGAAUGCGUUUUGGAAGUUCAGGGAAGCAGAAAUAUACGGGACUUGUAGGUAUAUUGCUGUGCUCGUGGGGAAUGAAGCUUUUUUCUAUUGGGCUGAUCUUAUUGGUUAUUCAAUGUACAGGAGGGAGUCUUGUGAAAAAAAUCACAGGGGUCCGCGGCAGUGACGUCUGGAUCGAAUGCAUGUUUGACGCUGCCAAGAUGAGCCAAGACAAGCCUGUAUGGUGGCUCCACUGUGAGAAUUCAAACUGCACAGAGAUCCAGCACUUCAUUGGUGGCGUGGAUCAGCUGCAGGACAGGGCAGCCUCCAGGAGGGGGCAGGUUUACCCGGAUAAAUUCAGAGAGGGAAAUGCCUCCCUUUUCAUUGAGAACGUGCAGAUGUCUGAUGAGGGGCAUUACGAAUGUACUGUCGUAUUGACAGGCGGUCUUUACAGUAAAAUCUAUGUUUUAACUGUUCUAGCCUCUUACGAACCCCCUCAGUUGACAGAAGCCCUGGACACUCGCUCCUUCACCUGCUCUUCUAGAAAUGGUUUCCCUCCUGCGCUGGUGACCUGGACCGGUGGCAGUGGGAUGAAUUACACUCCGGAUUCAGUCACGCAGCACACACUGAAUCCAGAGGGGCUGUAUGAUGUUGUGAGUAAAUUAACAAGGAAUGUUACUGAAGAGGAAACAGUCUGCUGUACAGUGUGGAACCAGCCUCUCCAAGAACAGAAAACCAACUGCACGCGAGUCACUCCAGGACAAGAGGCCGAUGAUCAGCACCUUAUAAUAAUAGCAACCGUAAUCCCUGUCGCCCUUGUCACCCUGGCUUGUGUUGGGAUCAUGAUAUACCGGUAUCACUAUGAAGGUGCUGUUCUACUUCUCUCUCCCUCUUGCAGACGCCAGAAUCUGGCCACAAAGCGGGAAAGGAUUUCCAAUUGCUCAAACGACACGGUCAUUGUACUGAUCGGAAAACCAAAGCAUGGCGUGCCGUCGCUCAUCAACUCCUGUGUGUUUGCCUACAAGGCUGAAGAGCCCUUUGCUAACUGGGCUGGUGCUGACAAGGAUCCCCCACAUUAUGCCCAGCCUGAGGAGGUGCCCCUAACAGAGCGCAUCACCAUCACCAGAGCACUGCUGCAGCAGGAGGACCGGUUCUGGACCAGUGAACGGGAGGCCUACCUGGACAAGUGGAGAAGGGAAGAACAGAGUCACAGACGCCCUUUUGUGUUUGUGCACAGUUGUACCGAGAUGCUGACGACAGUCUCCAAAGAUGAAAUUAAAGAAUUGUUUGAAGACAUUAAAAGUGUUACGGGCUCGCACCCUUUCACUGGACUGACCAAGAAGAACCAGGGACAUGCAGAGGAGCUGGUGCCUUUCUUCCACAGUCUGGGGAGUAAACGCGUGUUCACAUUUCACAACUACAUGAUACAGGAGCACAAGAGAACUGCAAAGAGAGACGAAGAGUUUUUGGAUUUCAUGAAUGCCUGUAUUGAAGAGACUGAUUCGGAGACAGUACACUUAAUAGAUGAUGUUUGAUGUUCCAUAUAUUUGAUUCAAUAAAAU